CUCUACCGGAAGUUGUGGACGCACUCUACGCGGGAAACCAAUGUUUUUUUUGUCUGUGCAGUCUGCUUGUAGACUGGACUCAGCAGAAAAGCGAAACAGCGGAAAAACAGUAGCAGGAUGAAGGUGAUAACAUGUGAGAUUGCGUGGCACAACAAAGAGCCUGUCUACAGUCUGGACUUCCAGCACAACUCAGAGGGCCGCAUACACAGGCUGGCCACAGCAGAAGUGGACACCACUGUCAGGCUGUGGCGUGUGGAGAUGGGGCCUGAUGGGAAGGCAGUGGUGGACUUCCUGUCAAACCUGGCGUGGCACACCAAGGCCGUCAACGUGGUGCGCUUCUGCCCCAACAGCGAAAUGCUCGCUUCUGGAGGAGAUGAUGCAACCAUCCUGCUGUGGAAGCUAAACGACAGUAAGGAGCCUGAACAGGCCCAAUCGUUCCAGGAGGAGGAGGAGGAUAGUCAGCUCAACAAGGAGAGCUGGAGUGUGGUCAAGACCUUGAGGGGACACAUAGAGGAUGUGUAUGAUAUCAGCUGGACCCGGGAUGGGAACUUCAUGGUCUCUGGUUCUGUGGACAACACUGCCAUUAUGUGGGAUGUCACAAAGGGACAGAAGCUGUGCAUCUUUAAUGACCAUAAGAGCUAUGUGCAGGGAGUGACCUGGGACCCGCUGGGCCAGUAUGUGGCCACACUCAGCUGUGACCGGGUGAUGCGUGUGUACAGUACUCAGAGCAGGAGGAAGGCCUACAGUGUCAGUAAGAUGGGCUCUGGAUCAGCUGUGGGGGGAGAGGUGAAACAGUAUCGAAUGUUCCAUGAUGACAGCAUGAAGUCUUUCUUCAGGCGACUCACCUUCACACCGGACGGAUCCUUUCUGCUUGCCCCAGCGGGGUGUGUGGAGGCAGGGGAGAACGUCACCAGCACUACAUACGUCUUCUCCAGGAAGAGCCUCAAGAGGCCCAUAGCUCACCUGCCCUGCCCUGGUAAAGCCACCCUGGCUGUACGCUGUUGCCCUGUCUACUUCGAGCUGAGGACCAAGAAGGGAGAUGAUGCCAGUGCCCAGCCCCUGCCCAACAUGUUUGGCUUGCCCUACAGACUGGUGUUUGCUGUGGCAUCAGAGGACUCCAUCUUCCUCUAUGACACUCAGCAGACCCUACCCUUCGGCUACGUGUCCAACAUCCACUAUCACACACUCAGCGACCUCACCUGGUCUCGGGACGAUUCUUUCCUGGCGGUGUCUUCUACAGACGGCUACUGCUCCUUCCUUUCCUUCUCUCCUGGCGAGCUGGGCACCCCCCUGAAGGAGCCCCCAGUCCUGGAGGUCGUCACCCCCGGCAACGGCCCAGAGAAGAAGGGCAAGAAGGCUGCCAUGGCUCGCAUGGUGUCCCCCGUCCCUAAAACCACAGAGAGCACCGCCACUGUCCACGCCAUUCCUAAAGAGACCCCCAGCACCCCCCUCUCCUCCAUCACCUCCCAUGCCACCCCCCUGGUCCCUGGGGGUGAGGAGAAGAACAACCCUGGCAAGGCCAAGCCACAGCCCCAUAGGAUCACCCUCAACACCCUGGAGGGAUGGGGCAAGCCCAGCACCCCCAAAGCCACUGCUGCUAAUUCCCCCAAGAUCCCUACCACAACCAGCAUCAGCGCCCCCUCCACCCCCAACACCCCCUCUACAGCCCAGCCCUGCCUUACCCCAAAGGCCCAAAGAAACACUCUUGGCCCCAGCACCCCUAAAGCUUGCACCACCCCUAAAGAACCUGUCCCCAGACGGAUAUCUCUGACUCCCGUCGUCUCUAGAUCUCCAGCUGCCUUUACCACACCCUCCACGGAGAAAGCCAAACAUGAACAACCCUCUCCCCCCACCGACCCUGUGUGCCAGCCCCCAGAGUCCAAGCGGCCCAAGACCAGCACCCUGGCAGGCAAGACAGGGGUGGCUCCAGCCUCAAUGGCCACACCCAACCCCUAAGGACCCCUCAUUGCCAAGAACCCUCUGCAGGACAGAGUGGUGUCAACAUGCAACUCGCAUAUUAUCAUUACGCACGCACACACACACACACACACACACACACACACACACACAGUCACACACAGUCUAGCCUAUAGAACUGCUUAGAGACUGGUGUUGUGACCUAAUUUACACGCUCACAAGAGUUCACAGAGCAUAGACUGGUGUUUCCUCCUAAUGCAACUUUCUGUAUGUUUUUGUAAUUUCACAUCCUGAAUUCUUCUGUAGCUUAAUUUAUUGGAUAACCAGGUAGUUAUUUAAGUGAUAAUGCCCAAGAAGCAUUGUUAGCCGUGCCAAUAUAUCCUCCAAACACCGUCUUCAAGGGCAGUAUCAAUUUUAUACAGCGGGUUACCAACAUAUUCAAAUAAGGUUAUUUUCAUGAAUUUAUUCAUACUAUUUCAUCAUUCCUCAAGAUAUAGUCCAGACACAAAUCUAGGGUUGCUACCCAAGCCGGCUGGUCGGUCGUUCAGUCUUUUUGUUCUGUAUCUAUGCCAUACUGGCAGGCAACGUUCUUAUCCCCUGCUUGCUAGCUAGCCAACUACGGCUACCUUACAGUCACGUCAAACAGUGCAGACAGAAUAACAACAGUAGCUGCAUUUGUUUAAGCUGCUUUCUAGUGACAUUUAUUUGGAAACAUCCAUAACAAUGAGCUAAUGAGACGCGAUUUAGCCUGGCUUUGAAAAUGUGCUCUCUCAUCAGGGCACUGUUGUUCAGAGGAGCUAGCUAACAACACAGCUACAAUAACUUCAAACGGAAACUGGAAAGACUGCAAACUAGCUUUGUUUCAUUUGACCUUUUUUCAAUUGACAUUUCUUUGUUUAUAUUCAUAAAAAUGAUGCCAGUUGAUUCAUGAUUUCGACUGGCUGAGAAACGCUGCCUGUCUUUCUCGUCCCGACCCCUACAAGUUCAUAACUAUGCGACAGCUGGAGAGAGACAGACAGCAAUGUUCAUACAAAUCUCCAUUGUUGAAAACUAAAUGUUAGUCUAAAAGAAAUGUGAGAAUGUCUAGAUGCUUUUUAAAGUUUAGAACUUCCCUGCCUGGUCUGAAGAGACAGUGGAUUGCGUAUUCAGAUGGAACAGAGUAAAUGUACAUUUUAACAUAGAUUAGAUAGAUUUUGCCAGUGGUAAUUUGUGGAAUAGACACCGGCUAGAAUGUGCUUUUAACCAAUCAGCUUUCAGGAUUAGACCCACCCGUUGUAUGAUGUAAAUUAAAACUGUGUGGUUCCAGCCCUGAUUGGCUGACAGCCAUGGCAUAUCAGACCGUAAACCACGGGUAUGACAAAACAUUUAUUUUUACUCCUCUAAUUAUGCUGUUAACCAGUUUAUAACAGCAAUAAGGCAGCUCUGGGGUUUGUGGUAUAUGGCCAAUAUACCACGGCUAAGGGCUGUGUCCAGGCACUCCGCGAUGCGUCGUGCGUAAGAACAGCCCUCAGCUGUAGUAUAUUGGCCAUAUGCCACACCCCCUCAUGACUUAAUUCUUAAAUAUAAAUGUACCUGGCUAAAAAUAAAGGUUAAGAAACAUUAAGUUACAUAUAAGAUAAAACUACCUCAGUCCAAAUUAUGCUUAGCUCAUUUAUGAAACUGUACAAUGGUCAUUGACUUUAGUCUGAAUGGUUGUCUCUAGUGGUGUUACAUUGGGGUUAUUUCUCCUUUUUAUAUGAAUGUUUGUAUAUUGUACUUUUUGGAUUUUGGUAACACUUCAAUACAAUAAUGCUUGUCUAAAAAAAAAUAUGUAUUUGUUACGUCUCUCUAAACAUUCCCAUGAAUGUUCUCAGGACCUAGGUGGUAAAUCUAAAAACACUAUGAAAAAUCAGGGAAACCAGGUCUGGUAUUCAUAGCUGACUUUGAAAAGGCCUUUGAUAAAGUACGACUGGAAUUUAUAAAUGCCUGGACUAUUUUAUUUUGGAGAAUCUCUUAUACAAUGGGUUAAAGUUAUGUAUAGUAACCCCAGGUGUAAAAUAGUAAAUAAUGGCUACUUCUCAUAAAGUAUUAAAAUGAUAAGAGGAGUAAAACAAGGUUGUCCACUAUUGGCAUAUCUAUUUAUUAUGACUAUCAAAAUGUUAGCUUUGAAAUCAGAUCCAACCAUUAAUAUCAAGGGGCUAGAAAUCCAGGGAUUAAAAACAAAGGUGUCAAUGUACGCUGACAAUUCAUGUUUUCUUUUAAAUGUGUAAUGUGGAUCCCUGCACAGCCUCAAAGGAUCUAGAUCAUUUUUCUAAUCUCGCUGGAUUACAACCAAAUUGAUACAUGCACCAUAUUAUGUAUUGGAUUGCUAAAAAAUACAAAUUUUACAUUACUGUGUAGUUGACCAAUAAAAUGGUCUGAUGGAGAAGUGGACUCUCUUCAUAUCCUGAAAAAAUGAAAUUAUCUUACUACAAUACAUUUUUUUAAAUUUGUCAAAAAAGAUAAUCUUACUACCAUGGAAAGGACAAUACCUAUCUAUUUGUGAAAAAAUCACCCUUAUAACCCUUUAGCCAUAUCCCAGUUUACCUAUUUACUUAUGCCUACACCUAACGACUUGUUUUUUAAAUUAUAUGAGCAAAUGAUAUUCAACUUUAUUUGGAAGCGCAAGCCAGACAAAAUUAAACGGGUUUAUUUAUAUAGUAAAUAUGAAUUUGGAGGGCAGAAAAUAUUAAAGGAUUGGACCUCACUACAGGCUUCAGUCAUACAAAACUGAAAUUUAAAUUCAAACUGGUUCUCUAGCUGAUUAGUAAGAAUGGCUCACCCCGUGUUCAAUAAUGGCCCUUUCCCCUUUAUUCAGAUUACAACCUCUCACUUUUGGUUAAGUAAAAUAAUCUCCAAAAUAUUGUAAAAAAAAAAACACAUGCCAUAGAAAGCUGGUUGCAAUUUCUGUUUAAUCCACCAGAAAAUAACAAAUAUUACAACAAAUAGUAUGGUUAAACUCAAAUAUACUAAUUGAUAAAAAAUAAAAAUUUCAUGGAAAAACUGUUUAAAAACAGUAUAAUCUUCGUAAAUUAUAUCAUAAAUAGGACUGGUGGAGUUAUGUCACACAUGCAGUUAACAAAAAUAUAUGAAAAUGUCUGCUCUAUCCAAGAUUACAACCAAAUGAUUGCAGCAUUACUACAAAAAUGGAGGAGGCAAGUGGAAGGAGAAGGAACUUGUCUGUUGGCCCUGCAUUAAAGACCAAAAUUGGUUAAAGGAAAUUGUGAUAAAUAAAAAAAGUAUACCAGUAAAAUUAAAGGACCAUAAAAAUGGCAGUUGAGUCAUACAGGUUGAAAAAUAGUUGGGAAGAGGUUUUCGAUGUAACGAUUCCAUGGCACGUGGUUUAUGAACUGAUAAGGAAAGAAAACUUUGAUUUUAAAUUUAAAUUAUAAUCCAAAAUUCUUGCAACCAACAGAAUAUUUAUAUAUAUAGUACCAGUCAAAAGUUGACACACCUACUCAUGAAAGGGUUUUUCUUUAUUUUUACUAUUUUCUACAUUGUAAAGUAAUAGUAAAGACAUCAAUGAAUAAUAUAAUAAUAGAAGACAUAAAAACUAUGAAAAAACACAUAUGAAAUCAUGUUGUAACUAAAAAAGUGUUAAACAAAUCAAAAUAUAUUUUAAAUUUGAGAUUAUUCAAAGUAGCCACCCUUUGCCUUGAUGACAGCUUUGCACACUCUUGGCAUUCUCUCCACCAGCUUCACCUGGAAUGCUUUUCCAACAGUCUUGAAGGAGUUCCCACAUAUGCUGAGCACUUGUUGGCUGCUUUUCCUUCACUCUGAGGUACAACUCAUCCCAAACCAACCUCUGAACAGUUGAUGUUCAGAUGUGUCUGUUACUUGAACUCUGUGAAGCAUUUAUUUCGGCUGCAAUUUCUGAGGCUGGUAGCUCUAAUGGACUUAUCCUCUGCAUCAGAGUUAACUCUGGGUCUUCCUUUCCUGUGGCUGUCCUCAUGAGAACCGGUUUCAUAUCGCUUUAUGUUUUUUUCGACUGCGCUUUAAGAAACUUUCUAAAUUCUUGACAUUUUCUAGAUUGACUGACCUUCAUGUCUUAAAGUAAUGGUGGACUGUCAUUUCUCUUUGCUUAUUUGAGCUGUUCUUGCCUAAAUAUGAACUUGGUCUUUUACCAAAUAGGGCUAUAUUCUGUAUACCACUCCUACCUUGUCAUAACACAACUGAUUGGCUCAAACGCAUUAAGAAGGAAAGAAAUUCCACAAAUGAACUUUUAACAAGGCACACCUGUUAAUUGAAAUGCAUUCCAGUUCCAGGUGACUACCUCAUGAAGCUGGUUGAGAGAAUGCCAAGAGUGUGCAAAGCUGUCAAGGCAAAGGGUGGCUACUUUGAAGAAUCUCAAAUAUAAAAUAUAUUUUGAUUUGUUUAACACUUUUUUUGGUUACAAAAUUAUUCCAUAUGUGUUAUUUCAUAGUUGUUAUGUCUUCUAUUAUUCUACAAUGUAGAAAAUAGUAAAAAUAAAGAAAAACCCUUGAGUGAGUAGGUGUGUCCAAACUUUUGACUGGUACUGUAUAUGGAGGAUACCUCCAUCGCAGUUCUGCAGAUUUUGCUGCGAAGAGACAGAACCAUUAGAUUGCAUGUUUUGGUGCUGUCCAUAUGUAGCCUGUUUAUGGUCGCAGGUUAAGGAAUGGCUGAUGAAUUGCAAAAUGUAUCCGGAGUGAACUCGGCAAAUAGCACUACUGGGUGAUUUGAAAAGUUAUAGUCAAUCGAUCAAUAAUAUAAUAAUACUCUUAGCAGAAAUAUUUAUAAUUAAUUUAGCAUCUGAGCUAAAUAGGUUAUUGUAUAUUUGUAUGUUUCCAAUUCAUGAUGAAUUACGGUUGUAUGUGUGUUUGCUACUAAUCUCCUGUUAAGUGUGUUACAGGCCAAUGGAGAAAACAGUUAAAGGCAUACAUGCUCCAAGGCCUACUGGAAGUGACCGUGAUGGCAGCACACGUUCUUUUGACCAUACCAGACCAUGGUUACCAUACUGUUUGUUUCUUUAGUUUUAAUGAUCAGAAUUCGUUUUGUGAGAAUUUACUUUACAUUUUUGUAUCCAGAAGAAUGACAAAUAAAUGAAUCAAACUGCA